UGGUCCAGAGCCGGAGAUGUGGUCUCUGGGGGUGCUGCUCUACACAUUGCUGUUCAGUGAGAACCUCUUCUGUGAUGUGGAAGAGACUCUGCAGGCCAAACUCAAGCCCCCUUUCCCCGUCUCCUUAGACCGGCAUGCUGUGCUGUCUGGGCUGCUGCAGCCUGACCCCCGACCGAGGAUAACCCUGGAGCAGCUCCUACUGCAGAACUGGAUCCACCAGCCCAUCUGCCUGGCUGACUACAGCUGGGAGGAGGUGUUCCUCGACAGCAAGAGCCACGUUCAAGGCCCCAGAGCCAGUGUAGGGAGUCAGACCCUUUUCCAGUAG